AUGAAUUACCAGACCCUCAGCAUGGCAGAAGAUGCCUCUGAGUCUCAAAACCGGGGGCCAGAUGAUUCGAUCUCCCCCAGUUCCCCGGAUGCCCUGAACAACGCCACACCGACUCCGCGCGCGACCUCCGCACAAAGCUUCACACCCCGCUCUCUCAUCGUUGGCCUCAUUAUCGGAGCACUAAUUACAUUCUCCAACACCUACUUCGGCCUCCAGACAGGAUGGAUCAGUACAAUGGCCAUGCCCUCGGCUUUGAUUGGCUUCUCCGUUUUCAAGGUCCUGUCCAAGCAGCUAUCUUUCCCGUUUACGCCGAUCGAGAACGUCCUGAUACAGACUGUCGCUGGAGCCGUGGGGACCAUGCCACUUGGUUGUGGGUUUGUUGGAGUGAUUCCUGCGCUGGAGUUUCUACUAAAGGAUGGCGAGGAUGGACCUACGGGUGAUGGUGGGGACGGAGAGGGUGGGCCUCUCAAGCUCGGUUUCUGGAAACUGGUGAUCUGGAGCUUGGGGGUUUGCCUAUUUGGUGUCGUCUUUGCAGUUCCACUACGUAAGGAAGUCAUUGUACGCGAGAAGUUGCGGUUCCCAAGUGGUACUGCGUCGGCAUUGAUGCUUCGGGUUCUCCAUGGCAGUGGCAAAGAUGAAAAGGUCCCAGUUGAAGUUCAGGACCGGUCUAUUGAGCUGGGUCAGGAUACUGGGGUCUCUCAUUCGCGCACAGACGAGUCACAAGGCCUGCUACUGAAGGAUGACGAGGCUGAGGACCAGGCAACUGAUCAAAAGGACUGGCGGUCAAAGAUGCGCCUGCUCAUUGGCGCAUUUGUAGUCUCCGGUAUCUACACUCUGUUUUCCUACUUUGUCCCCUUGGUCCGAGAUAUCCCCUUAUUCGGGCUGGGCCUCGCUUCUAACUGGCUCUGGACUCUUAAUCCAUCCCCUGCAUACAUUGGCCAGGGAAUCAUUAUGGGCCCAUCGACCUGUAUGCAUAUGCUUUUUGGAGCAAUUUUGGGAUGGGGUAUCCUUUCUCCUCUCGCCAAAGCUCGCGGAUGGGCCCCUGGACCCGUAGACAGCUGGGAAGAUGGAAGCAAAGCAUGGAUUGUUUGGAUAUCACUGGCAAUCAUGCUGGCUGAUUCUCUCGUCAGCCUCGGCUGGCUGGUCGUCAAGCCUUUAAUAAAACAUGCUCCUAAAUGGAUGGCCUGGUUCCGCUCUACUCGGCUGGGCGAAUGGAUUGCAUUUCGGCUGCAAUCUCAGUCCCAUGACCGCUCCUAUGUAAACUACCAUGCUCUGAAUUCCGGUCAGGGUCAUGAGAACAACAAUAACUCUACCUCAAUUGUGGCGGACCCGGAAGAAGAAGAUGCUCCAGCAUCACAGCUCAUCUCGACUCGCACAGUGGUCAUCUUGUUACCCUUAACACUAAUCCUGAAUGUCGUGUGCAUGCAUUUUGUCUUCGGCGACAUCAUCUCCCCAUUACUAUCAAGUCUCGCUACUCUUCUCGCCGUUCUCCUCUCUAUCAUGGGUGUUCGCGCCUUAGGCGAAACAGAUCUCAACCCUGUAUCUGGAAUCAGCAAACUGACACAACUUCUCUUUUCGCUCGCCACCCCAGCAUCCCAUUUCUCCCGACGCACAGCAUUAGUGACGAACCUGCUUGCAGGUGCAGUCUCUGAGUCCGGUGCCCUCCAAGCUGGAGACAUGAUGCAAGAUCUGAAAACAGGCCACCUCCUCGGCGCAAGUCCCAAAGCUCAGUUCUACGGCCAGAUGAUCGGCAGUCUUGUCGGAGCAGUUCUCUCUACCGCCGUAUACAAAAUGUAUGUGAACGUCUACGAGAUCCCCGGUGAAAUGUUCCAGACCCCGACGGCGUAUGUCUGGAUCUUCACCGCGCGGCUUGUCACUGGUCAGGGAUUACCUGAUAUGGCGUGGCAGGCCUCGGCCAUAGCAGGUGCUAUUUGGAUGUGUCUCACGGCAGUUCGAAUCGUGGCUGCUUCUCCUGCUUUUGCACGCGGUGGGAAGCCUCCCGCUUGGCGAGACUGGGUUCCGGGGGGAAUUGCCGUCGCCGUGGGUAUUUUCAAUGUUCCAUCUUUCACGCUCGCCAGAGUUAUCGGUGGAAUUAUUGCUUGGUGGUGGUCUCGCAAGCACUCAUUGCCUGCUCAGGAUCAGAAUGCGGGCUCCUCUGUGCAGACGGAUGUUACGCCCGGACAAGAGGGAACUGCUUUGGCUAAACAAGAAGCUGAGAAGGCGGACGCUGCUUCUUCGACUAUCGUUGUCUUGGCAUCUGGUCUUAUCCUAGGCGAGGGCAUUUUGAGUAUUGUAAACUUGAUUCUUGCAAGUGCAAAGGUGCCUCAUCUGUGA